AUGAAGACACGUUCAGGCAUUCUGAGUGGGCAACGCGUCGAGUACUUUAAGGGCAACUCGGCUAUCAAGGCCGUUUUGUCACCUGAGUAUGCAAAGCUGAAGAAUGUUCCGGCUGUGACGAACGAAGAAGAAGCUGAGCGGAUGCUUCACAGCAUGUUGCCAUUUGCCUUUUUCCUACGUGUGGAACGAGGCGAUGCACCACCUGCUGGUAAGGACGGCCCAGCACCCCGACCUCUGCAGGUGAAUCAAAUGCAGAUGUUCGAUAAGGAUAUGUACUAUGUGUGGCUGUAUGAAGGUAUGCAACUUUAUCAAAAGUUGGCAGGACUGGGCCUGAUUGUUGCGUUACUGGGCCUUGUCAUGUUCCCGCUAUGGCCUGUAUUUUUGCGGCGGGGCGUCUAUUACUUGAGUUUGGGUGUAUUGGCUUUGUUUGGUUUGUUGAUGGUAAUUGCAGUGAUUCGUCUGAUUAUCUGGCUGAUCACCAUUGUGGUGCUUCCGCCUGGUAUUUGGAUCUUCCCGAACUUGUUCGCAGAUGUGGGUGUGAUUGAGUCGUUCAUCCCAUUGUGGGGUUGGGAUGUUCCGCCCGAGAAGAAGAAAGUGAAGCGCACGAAAAAGAAGGGAAAGAAGCACGCUGAUGUGUCGGAAGCUGCAGCUUCAGCAACGACCAUCGACGAUGCCACCGUUGACAACGAUGCGGACGGAGAGGCGGCCAAUGAAGGCGAGGUUGGCGCGUCGACGUCAGUCUCAACAGAGUCCAAGAACUAUGCUGAUAUUAAUUAG